ACAGUCACUCGAUGUUCCGGAGGGGCUUGAGCAGCUGCCUGCAAACCGUCCGCUCUUCGGCUGCACUGACGAGAGCGCGUGUGGUGUGUAAAGUCAAGACCACUUCCAAGAGAUCUUUCCCUGUGACAUAUCGGAAUUUCGCAAGCAUGCCGAAGUACAGCAUCGUCGAGCGCGGAACUGAAAAUACUCCGUCCUACCGACUUUUCAUCCAGGAUGAGAGCGGCCAAGCGCUGUCACCGUUCCACGAUAUUCCCUUGUUCGCGGAUAGCGACAAGAAAAUUUACAACAUGGUCGUUGAAGUUCCCCGAUGGUCAAACGCCAAAAUGGAAAUCGCCACCGGUGAACCGCUGAACCCCAUAAAGCAGGACACCAAGAACAACAAACUCCGAUUCGUGAAGAACCCCUUUCCCCACCACGGUUACAUCUGGAAUUACGGCGCGAUCCCGCAGACGUGGGAAGACCCAGGGAAGGUCGAUCACAACACUAAUUGCAAGGGCGACAACGAUCCCAUCGAUGUCUGCGAAAUCGGUCAUCGAGUAGCGAAUCGAGGAGACGUCAUCCAGGUCAAGGCUCUCGGAAUUCUGGCGCUUAUCGACGAGGGCGAAACGGACUGGAAGGUCAUUGCCAUCGACGUCCUCGACCCAUUGGCCUCGAAAUUGAAUAACAUUCAGGACGUCGAGCAGCACUGUCCUGGCCUGCUGAAAGCGACCGUAGAGUGGUUCAAGAUCUACAAGAUUCCCGACGGGAAACCCGCCAAUCAAUUCGCAUUCGACGGUGAAGUCAAGGAUCGCGAUUUCGCCGAAAGCAUCAUCAAAGAAACCCAUUCGUACUGGACAGACCUGAUAGCGAAACCCGAUCCCAAGAUCAACUGCGCGGCUGUCCGGGUGCCCGGCCCUAGCGGUAUCUCCCCCGAGGAAGCGUCAUCGAUUGUGGAAUCUUCACCUAUUUAUGUUCCGAAUCCGGUCUCGGACAGCCUCGUCGAUAAGUGGUACUAUCUCAACGACAAACUCGAGCUCGUCUGACCUGCCGAGUCAUGAAUUUCGCGGCUGAGAGUCGGGGAGCAGCGACGUUGAUCUGAUGCCUUUAUAGGAAGCCCGGGAGGGGGUAGAUUUUUCUCAACUGAUUCUUCUAAUAAAAGCAUUCCAUUGGUAUGCGACAAAUAAACG